GCUUGGGGCCGAAGGAAGGAAGGAAGGAAGUGGGGUCGCGGAGGAUAUGGCAGCGGAGUACGCGACGGCGAGGAUGCGUCGUCGUCUUCGUCGUCGUUGUUGCAGGAAUCUGAUUCCGAAUCUGGUGCAGCUGCAGUUGUGAGAGAGUCUUGGAUCUGUUGGUUCCUGCCCUUGUGGACCUCAAGUAGCGAAGUAGCAAUGUAUUCUCCUUCGUCAUUUGUGUGGUAGAAGUAGUAGCGGUAGGCCGCAGCUGAAGGUUUUGCACGUCAAUUAGGGAAGAUAUGGAGGCUCCCUUCACCACAGGCAGCACUUCUCAGGUCUAGUCCAUUCCUGAGCUUCUGCUUUUUACAGAGGAGGUAUUCCGCGAUCGAAGGAGAAGAGGGAAAGGGGCGGGAGGGAAUACUCGCAUUGAAUGGUCCAUGCUCCACGAAAGGAAAGCAUUCGGUGCCAUGAUGUUACCAGGUAUCUAGCCAUAAAUUCUAGCGUUCGUGGGAUUAUGAGGGACAUAAGCGGAGGAGAUUAUCAUCCUUAGAGUUCAAAGGAAGGGAAGGUAUUCAGGGUAAAUGCGAGGGCCGGUGGUUCUGGAUACGCACACCCGAAUAGAUGAUAUGACGGGGGAUGCAGCGACAUUUGCCCUCCAUCAAUCGGGAGUCAAGGAGCCGAUUGCUAUGGACGAUGAAGCCGAGAGUCGGCCCCCUCUCUUGUCCAUCCCCUCGUUUCAAAGAUUUUACAACACCUGGGUACAGCAGGAAGAUAACCUUCUUUCUGAGCUGAAGAGGUCACUGGAGAACCCCAGAAAUGAGCAGGAGUUUGCUAGAUUGGUGAGGAAGUGCUAUCAGCUCUACGCGGAGGCCGCGCAUGCUAAGAUCCGAGCAGCUCAUGAGGAUGUCUCCUACAUAACCGCAGGGACAUGGAAAACCCCGUUCGAAGCAGGGAUGAUGUGGAUGGGUGGGUGGCGCCCCACUGCAGCAAUAGUUUUAACCUAUUCCUUAAUGGGGAUCCAGAUGGAGAGCGAGCUGGAGCGGCUGCUGGAAGGCAUCACCCUUCCGUCCAUGGCAACCCUUUCAGCUAAGCAGCUUUCAAGGUUGAAUGUCAUGCAGCAACGCACUUCUUCAGCUGAGGACGAAAUUUCAACCCGUCUCUCUGUGCUGCAGAUGUUGGUGGCAGAUCAGCAAACGACUCGGGCGACCACAGCUGAUCCUCCUCCUAGUGAGAGCUUUAACAUGGCAGAAAUAAAGGAAGUAAUGAAGUCUAAGCUAGUUGAGCUUCGGCAUUUGUUCAUCGAAGCUGAAAAGCUGAGACUGCAAACCCUUCAAGAGCUUUAUUCUGUACUGAGCUCCAUCCAAGCAGCUCAAUAUUCAGUCGCGGCGCUAGAAAUGGCUAAAGCUAUCUACAAGCUGGGUGAAAUAUUCCAAGAGUCUCAUGCUGGAGACGCGAAUGCACGGUCUUCUGGACAUCCUGGAGUGAAUAUUUGGGAAAUCGCAUCACAAGGAGAUGUGAAGAAACUAAGAGAGGCCCUGGAUAUGUGUCCAGAUCCAUCUAGCACAGAUUAUGAAGGCCGAACGCCUUUGCACCUUGCUGCAGGGAAAGGCCACUCAGAGUGUGUAGCUCUACUCGUGGAGAGAGGUGCUGAAAUAAAUAUUAAAGAUAAUGAUGGAGUGACCCCACUUUUGGAGGCGUUGAAAGGAGGACACGAUUGGACUGCAAAAAUACUUCGUAACAAUGGAGCGAAACCUGAUGUGAAGGACGCUGGCAACGAGCUGUGCAAGGCAGCAGCCUGUGGUGAUAUGGAGUUCGUAGAGAGACUUGUGAAGGCAGGGGUGGAUCCUAACGAGACAGAUUAUUCUCAACGGACCCCGCUGCACAUUGUAGCAGCUGAUGGUACAGCCAAAGAUGCCGAGUUUCUCGUGCACAAGGGCGCUGAUGUUUUUGCCAAGGAUCGUCAUGGAUACACACCCUUGGAUGAAGCACAAGGUAGCGAUAAUAAAGCCACUUUGAGGGUUUUGGAAGCUGCGGUUGCUCUACGUCAGCAACAGUUGGAUGACGAAGAGGACUAUUCUACUUCUGAUGAUAAUAGUAGUUCAUCUCCUUUGGACGACGCGCAAUGUGAUUCGGACAUGGAGUUGACAGAAGGUGAUCAAUGGUCCAUGUGCUGAAGUAGAUCAAGUGAAGAAAACUGUACGGGUUAGGAUGAGUACUUCAAGGAAUCUUGAUCAGAAUAGUGAUAUCAUGCGGGUUUAAUGACCUUAGAUAGGUCCUAAAGCAGUAGUGUUUAUGUCUUGUAAAGCUAGGGUUGAGCUCUCUCCCUGAGUUGGGUAUACUACAUAGAAUAAUCCACUUAAGAGCUUAGGUUGUGCAUCUUUCAGGUUUAGGGUAACAAAUGGUGAGUAACAGGUCGUGCUCUUGUCUACAUAUGUAGUUUGCAGGAGCUUCUUCUUAAUUGGCUCCUUGACAUGGGAAUGCGUUUACUUUACUCAAUCACUAUGUUCUUUGACGCCA